UUACUCCUGUGCCUGUGUGGGUAGUUGUCACUUAGUUCAACUGACGGAACACACUUAUGUUAAAGAAGCCUUCGUUAAAUGCCAGUCAUGGUCGCCAUAUAAUGUAAUGAAGACCACGGCUAUAAAUGGAUAAGAGGGAGAUGUACGGAAACAUCAAACUUUAGCUGUCACAAGCAUGGUAUUUAAUUUUAAUAGCAUGGAUGUAUGUGUGGCACAGUGUUUCGUAUCUUAGGCCUUCUAAUAUUGGGUAUACAGUUAGCAGAGUUCAGGACCCUGUUUUGAGUUGAAAAUAAACAAACAUGGCUGUCCAACAAUCUUGCCCCGUAGCCAAUGGUUCCUGGGAUGAUGAUGGGCGACCAAAAAGAACCGGAACCUUGUGGAGUUGCAUCGCUCAUAUCAUCACUGCUGUUAUAGGCUCUGGAGUUCUGUCUUUGGCAUGGAGUACUUCACAGUUAGGAUGGAUAGCAGGGCCAGUUUCUUUGCUUUGUUUUGCGAUUGUCACCUAUAUUUCUGCCUUCCUCCUUGCCGAUUGUUACAGGUCUCCCGACCCCAUAACGGGAACUCGAAAUUACUCAUAUAUGGACGCUGUUAGAGUGAAUCUUGGAAGAACACAUACGUGGUUUUGUGGUUUGCUUCAAUACUUGAGCUUGUAUGGGACUGAUGUUGCUUAUGUAAUUACUACAUCAACCUGUAUGAGAGCAAUUCAGAAAUCAAACUGUUAUCACAAAGAAGGGCAUCAGGCUGCAUGUACAUAUGGGGAUAAUUUCUAUAUGCUGCUCUUUGGGCUUAUUCAGAUCGUCAUGUCACAGAUUCCAGAUUUCCACAACAUGAAAUGGCUCUCCGUCGUUGCUGCAAUCAUGUCCUUUUCCUACUCUUUCAUUGGAUUUGCACUUGGGUUAGCAAAAGUAAUAGGAAAUGGCAAGAUUAUGGGGAGCAUUACCGGAGUCCCAGCUGCUAAUGUUGCUGACAAAUUAUGGUUAGCCUUCCAAGCACUCGGGGACAUUGCUUUCGCCUAUCCGUACUCAAUUAUUGUAAUUGAGAUACAGGAUACUUUGAAGUCCCCUCCUCCAGAAAAUCAGACCAUGAAGAAGGCCUCGAUGACUGCAAUCUUUGUCACAACCUUCUUCUACCUCUGCUGUGGCUGCUUUGGAUAUGCUGCCUUCGGGAAUGACACGCCAGGAAACCUAUUGACAGGAUUUGGUUUCUAUGAACCUUAUUGGCUUAUUGAUUUCGCUAAUGCUUGCAUUGUCCUCCAUUUGGUAGGAGGAUAUCAGAUUUAUUGCCAGCCAGUAUUUGCAUUUGUUGAAAGAUGGUUGACGAAGAAAUAUCCGAACAGUAGCUUUGUAAAUAAUUUCUACACCUUCAAACUCCCUUUGUUGCCGGGUUUUCAGUGGAAUCUUCUCAGGCUAUGUUUCCGAACUGCAUAUGUUAUCUCAACCACUGCACUUGCAAUGCUCUUCCCUUACUUCAACCAGGUGUUGGGACUAUUAGGGGCCCUGAACUUCUGGCCUUUGGCCAUAUAUUUCCCUGUGGAAAUGUACUUCGUACAAAAGAAAAUAGGGGCUUGGACUAGGAAAUGGAUUGUACUUAGGAUAUUUAGCUUUGUUUGUUUUCUUGUGACUGUCAUGGGUUUUAUCGGGUCGCUUGAAGGACUGAUAAGCGCCAAAUUGAGCUGAGGGAUUCAUGUUCUUCAUAAUUUAGCACUUGGAAGAAAGAAAGUUUGAAAUGCAUGCUACAAAUUACAAUA